AUGUCCGAGGAGAGCACGGCUGCUGACCACGAGGGGCUCCUGAGGAGGGUGCAGGAGCUGGAAGCGGAGGUGAAGCGGCUGCAGGAGAAGCUCCAGGAUGACAAGGAGGGCACUGGGAGGAGAGAGGCUGCUCUGGCCCCCGGGAAAGCCAAAAAACGCCAACAAAGGCCCUUCGAUUUCAGCGCGCACGGCCGCAGACACGUGGCACUGCGCAUCGCCUACCUGGGCUGGGGCUACCAGGGCUUUGCCAGCCAGGAGAACACCCCCAACACCAUUGAGGAGAAGCUCUUUGAAGCCUUGAAGAAGACACGGCUGGUGGACAGCAGAGAGACCUCCAACUACCAUCGCUGCGGGCGCACGGACAAGGGAGUCAGUGCCUUUGGGCAGGUGAUUUCCCUGGAUCUCCGCUCCAGCCUGCCACCGGAGGGGCAGCAGCAAAACGGGCACACGGGCGAGGGGCAGCGGGAGGAGCUCCGCUACACCCACAUCCUGAACAGGGUGCUGCCCCCCGACAUCCGGGUGCUGGCCUGGGCCCCCGUGGCGCCGGAGUUCAGCGCCCGCUUCAGCUGCCAGCGCCGCACCUACCGGUACUUCUUCCCCUGCGCCCAGCUGGACGUGGCCCUCAUGGACAGCGCCGCCCAGCGCUACGUGGGCACCCACGACUUCCGCAACCUCUGCAAGAUGGACGUGGCCAACGGGGUGCUCAACUUCCAGAGGACGAUCCUCAGCGCCCGCGUGACGUGGGUGGAGAGAGGGGGCGAAUCCGGGCCGCGGGAUCCCUUCCGGCUGUGCCAGUUCGAGGUGACGGGGCAGGCGUUCCUGUACCACCAGGUCCGCUGCAUGAUGGCCGUGCUCUUCCUCAUCGGCCAGGGCAUGGAGAGCCCGGACAUCAUCGACGAACUGCUGGACGUGGAGAAGAACCCCCGGAAACCGCAGUACAGCAUGGCAGUCGAGUUCCCCCUGGUCCUGUAUGACUGCGAGUUCCCAGACCUGCAGUGGCUCUACGACCCAGAGGUGCAGGGCUUCAACGUGACACACCUGCAGCAGCUCUGGGCCAGCCACGCCGUCAAAACCCACGUGCUUCGGGACAUGUUGGCAGGGCUGGACACUGCUCCCAUGGCCACUGGCAAAGGUCCGGGGAGCAGCCUGGUCAGCAGCUUCGUGGAGGGGGUCCAAGCCCGCACCUACAAGCCCUUGCUGGCCCGGCCCCGGUGCGAGGGGCUGGAGGCUCGGAUCGAGCACUUCGUGCGGAGGGGCCGCAUCGACCCCCCCCGGGGGCCGGGGGUGCCCGGGGACCAGGAGCCCCCCGAGGGCAAGCGGGGCAGCAGCACAGCCCCCGAGCAGCCGCCCAAGAGGGUCUGCGUGGACACCGAGUGACGGGACGCCUCGGCACUUCUUUUUAUUACUGUUAUUGGGAAAAGAAAGCGCGUUUCUUCGGUGCUGUUUUUUUAUAAAUCUCAAGAAAUCUCUUGUAGCAGUGCUGUGUCCUACCCUGGGAGGGGAGGGAAGGAGGGAGGCGCAGCACCGUCAACUCGCAGCGGGGCAGCAAAGUGAGGCUUGCUGAGGUUA